UAACCUUUUUCUAAUAAAAGCGCACCAUCCUGCAGAAAGAGAGAGAGAGAAGUGAAAAAGGGGAAGGAGUCUUGAGAGAGGAUGAAUGAAAGAAGACAGAGAAGCAGCUGGGACCUGUUGAUUUGAAUACUAGCCAAACAAAGUUGUACAUAAAGAGAUCUACAUUGUGUGUAUACUAUAUACAGUCUUCAUUCCUUCAACUGUUGUGCAUAUACUGCCUCUCUCUUUGGCUCAUGGCUGAGCUAAGUAGGAGUAGCUGUAAGAUGGAGAGAAGAUUACGUCCUCGUGUUUCAAAAUGCUACAGUGAAAGCUUGUACGAUGAAGAAGAGGAAGAAGGUAGGGAAGGAAGGAGCUAUAGUAGCAGUAGUGGAGGUGGAAGGAGAAGAAUGUCAAGCUUUAGUUAUAACAUCCUGGAAAAGCUGAAGGAGGAGAGAUUCACCAAGGAGAAUGGGCUAGUCAAGCACUUUCCUGAUGGGACAAAUUUAUCUUGUAAAUAUCUUCAAUCGACUGGUUUUCUUUCUCCAAUGGUUUUCCAUAGCAAAGAAGGACUGCAGAUGAAGCUCCCACCUCAUGGUUUUUCUGUACAUGAUGUAAAGCACCUAGUUGGCUCGGAGAGAAUGGUGGAUGUUGUUGACAGCACCACACAAGAAGCCCUUAACAUGUCUCUCAGUGAGUACUGCAAUUAUUAUCAGAAGAUGGAGAGAAGCGGAGGAGAUAUGAAGCGAAUCUUAAACGUCAUCAGUCUCGAAUUUAGCCACACCCAAUUGGACCCACUGGUAGAAGCACCGCUAGUUGUGAGAGAGAUGGACUGGGUUAAUAAGGUCUGGCCUAGGUCCUUGAGACAGAAGCAGUCUGAACCAACUAAUGACAUUAAGAGAAUGCUCUAUCCUAAAGUCCAAAAAUAUUGCCUGAUGAGUGUUGCUGGCUGUUACACUGACUUCCAUCUUGAUUUCGGUGGCACGUCAGUCUGGUAUCACAUCCUAAAAGGAGAGAAGAUAUUCUUCCUCGUUCCUCCAUCUCACAGUAACUACACUCUCUUCCUUGACUGGCAAAAAAACGGAAGACAAGAGUGCAUAUUCUUUCCCGAUAUCGUGAGAGACUGUGGAGUAGUACAUCUCAAGGAAGGUGACACUUUACUCCUACCAUCCGGAUGGAUUCAUGGGGUCUAUACUCCUAAGCAGUCUCUCGUUUUUGGCGGGAACUUCCUCCUGUCCCUUCACAUAUGCCAGCAGCUGACAGUAGCUUACAUGGAGAGAGAUUUAAAAGUACAAGGAAGAUUCAAGUAUCCAUUUUAUGGGACCCUCCAUUGGUACCUCAUUGAGAGAUAUCACCUUCAGCUCUCACGUCUUGGGGUGGAGCCAAUGUCUGAUUCUGGGACUAUGACUGACACACCCACCUCCUCCUCCUCCUCAAUGAAUAUACCAGGCCGUUGGUUGGUGAGCGUAAAGUUAAAGAAGUUAGCGACCGGUGGCCACGCCCAUUUCUCCUCCCACUUCUCUCAGAAACCAGGCGAGGGUGCUCCAUACAGGGACUACAUGAUGAAGCCGUUUUUGAAUGAUAACGAGAAGGCUGGACUCGUUUACCUGGUCAAUAAAAUGAAAGAGGAUAACCUAUUCUCGGGUGAUGUCCCGCCUUCAAUUAGCGACCCUCGAGGUAUUUUGGAACGGCUUUCAAAGCAGCUUCAAAACCCGCUCCUUGACUCCACCCUCAGUGACAAACCCACUGAUGUAUCAGUACUUGAUGACUUCCAGUGGCUAGAGGGAGAUAGGAAUAAUAAUGCUCAAGCUGGUUUGUUUGGCGAUGUGGCUUUGGGCGGAGUCCCAAUCAAGAGCGAAGAUGUGAAUUUCGACGACGACGAUUUUUUAGCAAGUACGGACUUGUUGAGAUCUUAUAUCAAUCCGGAAUCAAUACCGGAUCAAAAUUUUGAUUCCGAAACGAAGCCAAUUCUUCGUGUUAAUCACGAUCACUCGUACGGCCAGUUUGUCACGCCUUCUGACCCCGCCCAUACAGACUCCUCUCACCUUUUGAUAGCGGAGAGCCCCACCCACUUAUCCACCGAUCAGCUUAAUCCAGAUUACCCCCUCAUUACCCUAAACCCCACCCACUCCCUGACCACGCCUCCCGUUCCUCCGCCCACGUCAUUCCCGUUCGAUCAUAUCUUACCUCCUUCAUCUUCAUCAACUCCUCUAACUCCUCUGACUUCUUCUCUUCUCACGUCUCGGCCUUCCCUCCCUCUCCUUUCUCUCUUAACCUCGUCCUCACAGCAGCUCGAACCUCCUCUUUCUGCCGGUAUUAUCUCCACCCCCUCUCUCUCCUCUCCCUCUCCUUCCCCCACAACACCAGCAAAACCUUUCUUGUUAUCCAAUCUCAAACGUCAGUUCUUUCACAGUGAAGCCACGCCCAUCCUCAGCGAUACAACGCCUACGCUCGGCGAUACAACUCCCACUGUAGAGGGCUCUGCUACGUUCCCUUCUCUUCAAAAACCCGUCAAAAAGCGUAAGAAGUCGACCAAAGACUCCGUUAAGCCAUUAAGGAAAGUAAGGUGUGGCCAGUGUCCAGAGUGCAUGUCCGAGCCCUGCGGUACAUGUAAGUUUUGUCUCGAUAGUCCCAAAUAUGGAGGGACGGGGAAACUGAGGAAGGCGUGUCUACGAAGGAGAUGCUCAAAUAUGCAGUUUUCAAAGACCAGCUCUACAGUCAUAUCUCCAUUGACUACCACUCCUACAACUAGCUCCAGUGGUGGGCAACUCCAGCAAUCCUUACACUGCGAGGCUGACAGCACCACCACCUUAGGGGAAGACCUCUCCCACCUUCCAACACAGACCACCCCGACCACGCCCAUGGGCGGGGCUAAUGAGUUAUUGAAGCUAAACGAGAGAGGAGGGUUAGAGACGACAGUCAUGGCGAUGGGCUAUGCUGCUAUUAAUGCGAAUUCAGCGACUGAUUGCGUCGGUGAUGCUGAUAUUGAUUUGAAUGAUAUUUUAAGUAAUAGCGACACUAACUUGUUCACUGCGUCAUCUCAGCAUCAGUUCACACAUGAAGUAUUGCCAGCUGGUACCGAUCCUCUUCUGACCCCGCCCCCUUUCAUUCAGUCAUUCCUCUCAUCUCCAUCCUUCCAGUCCUCUUCACCGUUUCCCUCAGCCUCACUCAAUCCAACCCACAAUCAGUCCCCUCUACUUAUGGAACAUGAAUUUCAACUUCAUUUCUCUGAUGAAGAUUUCAGACAUUGAGCUCUUUGACCGUUGGACUUUAAACUUUGGACUUUAACCUUUGGACUUUGACCUUUGGACUUAAAACUUUUAUUCUUGAGUCUUGACCUUUGAGGUUGUCCCCUUUUGUAACUUAUAUUUGAUGUCUAUUGUCCUGUUUUUUUUCUAGCCAUUUCUACCUUCUUUUUUCCAUUCUCUUUUCUUCCCUUCCCCCCACUUGAUCUCCCUCCUUUUUCUUUUCUUACAGAAUCAUCAGUAAAUUAAUUGUCGAAGAUUAUUGAUCA